AAUAUAAUAAAUAAUUAGUAAACAAAUUCUAUUAAAUAGAAUUAAAUGUCCAGUGUUGAGCAGUUUUGUCGUUAAUAUUGUAGGAGCAACACAUCUCCAGAAUAGUGUUACCUUAUCAGAAUAUUGACAAUUUGACCAACAAAAAUAUAAAUUUCGGAAAGAGAAAAGGAACAAAUUUCUAACAGCGUAAACAAAAAAUACUCAAAACUAAUCUUUGCAACAGUCCGAUAGAGAUUAAAAUAUUAACUAAAAUUGGUCGAAAUAGAAAAGUACUUCAGAAUAGUGCGAUUGGGAUUUUCGGAGAUUCGUCGCCCUGUCAACGAAUUAAAAUGUGAUCAAAGAGCAGUGGGCUUUAUGCAAUGCAAUUCUAGUUCUAGGCCCACGAGAAGACGAUUUAAUAUAUAAAAUACACUCUCACACACAUUGUGAACGCGAGUGAGCGUGUGAGUGAGCGUGUGAAGCGAAGCGGGGGGGAGGACGACGUGGUAGAGAGCAGCGAAAGGGCUCUUGCUUCCAAAUGACUGUUACUAACACACACAUAAUGGAGACACAAGUGAAGACUACACAUUAUCAGGGAAGGGCAGGAGGAGGCGGCGGUGGAGGUGGAGGUCAGCAGUUAGGAUCUACCAAAUCGCUGGAAAUGGAUUCAACGACAGAUAAUGAUGAGAUAACUGUUUUGCUGGCCAAUAAGAAUUUCCACUAUGACACACCAUCCCAGUUGGACGAUGCAUUUCUAGAGAUGACCACAGAUCCCGGUGCGGGAGAACUAAAUGGUGGCGAUAAUGACGACGAGGAGGAGCAAGCACAUGCUCAGGUCACCUGGUUGGAUGACGAUGAGAUAGACACACUUGAUCGGGUGACACUCGAUAUUGGUAAUAUGUUUUUCAAUCGCGUCGAUAGCCAGGAUAUUAUCUAUCAGCAGAAGAAGAAGAACAUAAAAAUGGUUGGCAAAUACGUGAUGGGCGAUGUCCUGGGCGAGGGCUCCUACGGCAAGGUAAAAGAAGCCAUGAACUCGGAAAAUCUAUGCCGUCUUGCAGUCAAGAUAUUAACAAAACGAAAAUUGCGUCGCAUUCCCAACGGAGAGCAGAAUGUCACCCGAGAGAUACACUUGCUCAAGCAGUUGAAGCACACAAAUGUCGUUGGCUUAGUUGAUGUCCUCUACAACGAAGAGAAGCAAAAGAUGUACUUGGUCAUGGAAUAUUGCGUGGGAGGCUUACAGGAGAUGAUUGACGAUCAGCCAGAUAAAAAGAUGCCAUUGUUCCAAGCGCAUGGCUAUUUUCAGCAGCUAAUCGAUGGCUUGGAGUACUUGCAUGGUUGCCGUGUCAUUCACAAGGACAUCAAGCCCGGCAACCUGUUGUUAACCCUCGACCAAACACUGAAAAUAUCCGACUUCGGUGUAGCAGAGCAAUUGGAUCUAUUUUCGCCAGACGACACCUGCACCACGGGUCAGGGUACACCUGCAUUUCAGCCUCCCGAAAUAGCCAACGGUCAUGAGACUUUCGCCGGUUUCAAGGUCGACAUAUGGAGCAGUGGCGUUACCCUAUUCAAUCUAGCCACCGGUUUAUAUCCUUUUGAAGGUGACAAUAUUUAUCGAUUGCUGGAGAAUAUUGGACGCGGCCAGUGGGUGGCUCCCGACUGGCUAUAUGAAAUGGAUGCUGAGUUGGCCAAUCUUAUAUAUGGCAUGCUCCAAGCUGAUCCCAGUGCACGUCUUUCCCUCCAGCAAAUACGCCAAAAUACAUGGUUUGUGUCCGCACCGGCGGUUACCGGCCCACCGAUACCCAUUCCUCCUUUGAAGGGCGAUAAAUAUCGACGUUCCACUGUAGUUCCCUAUCUGGAAGCCUAUCAUUAUGGCAGCGAGCAUGAUCAGGAAGAUGUCUAUUUCACUGAGCACGAUGUGAAUCAGGAACUAGCCCGACAAGCUGCUGCUGCUGCUGCUGAUAUACGCGCCAAACAAUCCGCAGCUGCCAUGGCCGCCUGCCAUUUGUAUGAGCCGCCUACAACUAGUGCCGCUGCCGCCGCUGCUGCUGCUGAAGAAGGUCUGGCAAUGGCUCUUUAUCAUAAUGGACGGGGGGGAUCCGAGGAUCAGCAACAGCUGCCCACUACAACGACGAUGACAACUGCAAAAAAGAAAGGAUCGGGCUUUAAGCGACGGGCCAAAAAACUAACAUCCUGCAUCUCUGUGCGCAAGCUAAGCCAUUGCCGUACGUCGUAGUUACUAAGACGUAAUGAAAAACUAAUUACUUUGUUAACAAAUUGUGAGCCAACUUUUUGGGUUUUUUGUUUAA